AUGGAAAGGUUCACGAUUAUUAAGGAAGUUGGUAAUGGUACGUUUGGAAGUGUCUGGAGAGCUCUAAGCAAGCAGUCUGGUGAAGUGGUGGCGAUAAAAAAAAUGAAGAAGAAAUAUUAUUCAUGGGAAGAAUGUAUAAAUCUGAGAGAAGUGAAGUCACUGAAGAAAAUGAACCAUCCAAAUGUAAUAAAGCUGAAGGAAGUCAUCAGGGAAAACGAUGUAUUAUGCUUUGUCUUUGAAUAUAUGGAAUGCAAUCUAUACCAGCUUAUGAAAGAUAGGAAAAAACCUUUUACAGAAGUUGAGGUGAGAAACUGGUGCUUUCAAGUAUUUCAAGGCCUCGCGUACAUACAUCAGCGUGGAUAUUUCCAUCGUGACCUAAAGCCAGAAAACUUGCUAGUAUCAAAGGAUACCAUAAAAAUUGCCGAUUUUGGUCUUGCUCGUGAGAUAGCUUCUCGACCACCGUUCACCGAAUAUGUCUCAACACGCUGGUACAGGGCCCCUGAAGUUCUGCUCCAGUCACCUAUAUAUGGUCCCCCAGUUGAUAUGUGGGCAAUGGGUGCAAUAAUGGCUGAACUAUUCUCUCUUCGUCCUUUAUUUCCUGGGUCAAGUGAGGCAGAUGAGAUUUACAAAAUAUGCUGCAUAAUUGGCAGCCCAACCAACACCGAGUGGCCACACGGGCUCGAACUUGCUAGUGCUAUCAACUAUCAGUUCCCUCAAGUUGCUAGUGCCCAUCUUCCUGCCUUGAUGCCAGGUGUCAGUAAGGACGCAAUUAAUCUCAUCUCAUCACUGUGCUCGUGGGAUCCUUGCAAGAGACCAACAGCCAUGGAAGCUCUUCAACAUCCUUUCUUCCAGAGUUGCUUUUACAUCCCACCAUCUCUGCGUGCUAAGCCUGCUGUCACGAAAACACCUCCUGUUGGUCCUAGUUUUGAACAAAAAAGCGGUAGGAGAUAUUCGGGGAAAUUAUCAAACCCAAAGCCACUAAACAGCUUUUCUCCUGCCAGAUCACACCAAUCGUUGAGUGCAGAAAAAAAGAACUGUUCUUUACCCGCUCCGUUUUUGCAGCAUGAUGUAGUAACUAAACAGGACAAAAACCAAAAGAAUGACAUGAAGCAACAGCCAAAGUAUCGGCCACCAGGAUUUAACGGCCCAAAUAAGCACAUUGGUAACUUGGAGAAAACUAGGAUAGUUUCAAAUGUAACCCAGAAGUUUGGUAAGAUGACAUUUGGCUCAGGCGAUCAGCUGCUCGUCAAACGGUCAUCUUUGCCGCCACCUAUGAAGGCUGGAGGAUUGGUCGGGCGUUCACAAGAAGUUGGUUUUCAGGGAAGGUCUUAUACUCGGAAAGUGGCUGGAUGA